UGUUUACGAAGUACUUAUAACUUCUACUUUUUUGUUAUUAAAAAUAUCAGUUACGAGGUUUUGAUAUUUUUAACUUUUUUGAUCAUAUCUUGAUAAUUGAGCAAAUUUAAAUCGAGCAAAUUGAUUAAUUGAUUGAAAAUAAUUCUUGCAUAACUAGCCGGGCCUCGAUUACAGAAGAGUACAACUUUGUACGUGGGUAAUAUGAGUUUCUACACAACGGAAGAACAACUAUACGAACUGUUCAGUAAAUGUGGAGAGGUUAAGAAGAUAGUGAUGGGCCUGGAUAAAUUCAAGAGAACCCCCUGUGGUUUCUGUUUUGUUGAGUACUACGUUAGAGAGGAUGCUGAGAAUUCUAUGAGAUAUGUAAACGGAACCAGAUUAGACGACAGAAUUAUUCGAACAGACUGGGAUGCAGGAUUCAUUGAGGGUAGACAAUAUGGCAGGGGGAAAUCCGGGGGUCAGGUCCGAGACGAGUAUAGAACAGAUUUUGACAGCGGACGAGGCGGCUAUGGUAAAAUCGUCCAGCAGAAGUUAGAACAACCUGACUUUUUGACGUAACCACAUCCAUCCGACGAUACCGUAUGGGGUUCUCUUUCAAGAAGGAAACCUUGGCAUAUUUCUAAACCGCAGAUUCUCAACUUUUUUUCUUUUUUGUCUCAUUUUUGUCCUCUGCAAUCAUACCUUUGUAAAAAUACUUGAUUGUUUUGUUUAUAUUUUCAGA